AUGAGUGUCGUGGACCUCGGUGUGAGCACGUCCUCGAACGGCUUCUCGAUCAACGACAAGCCGUCGCUCGUCUCGUACUGCCACAUGCUCGAGGGCGACGACCUCGUUCAGCACGAAGCCGAUAUGAAGACGCUCGCGGCCGAGUGCGGUCGUGGCACGGUCUGCGACGGCGACGUCUGCACGGUGAAGGACGAGCCGAGCGUCGUGUUCUUCACGGUCAAGACCACCGGUGGCCUCGGCGAGCGCGUUCAGGACCUUGCCGGCGUCAAGGACGACGACGUCACGGGUCCGUACGCGAUCCUCCUCGACGUGCGCGGCGGCAGCGCGUACGUGCAUCAUGGCUUGAACGUCGACGCACUCCGAAAGACGCUCCAGCAGUUCCAGGCCAAGGCCCUCGACAUGAAAGCGCUCUCGUUCUAAGUUGAGGUGGCUUUGUUGCAUAGCUUGCUCUUUGAUUUAUGGUAA